GCCCAUCCCGCCGUGAGCACCCCACGAGACCGAGUUGGAAAAGCCAGAGAGGAAAAGGAGACAGAGACGAGGAGGAGGGAGACAGAGAGAGGGACGGCGGCGGCCUCCACUUGCCCGGAAAGCGCCGCAGCGCCCCCGGGGAUCGCGUGGCCCGCCGCCGCCGAGAUCUAGGGUUGCGGCCGGCAUGGCCAGCCCGCGGUCGCCCGCUGCCGGCGCCCUCGCCGGGGACGAGGCGAUCUGGAGGAAGCUCCGCGAGGCGGGCUUCGACGAGGAGUCCAUCAGGCGGCGCGACAAGGCGGCGCUCAUCGCCUACAUCUCGCGGCUCGAGACCGAGGUUUAUGAUUACCAGCACAACCUCGGGCUAAUGUUAUUGGAGCGAAAGGAAUUGGUAUCCAAGCAUGAACAACUCAAAGCUUCUAUGGAGUCUGCUGAGAUCAUGCACAAGCGUGAACGAGCUUCCCAGCAAUCUGCUCUAGCUGAAACAAGGAAGAGGGAAGAAAACCUGAAAAAGAAUGUAGGCAUUCAGAAGGAGUGUGUUGCUAAUCUUGAAAAAGCACUGCAUGAUAUGCGUGCGGAAACAGCCGAAAUAAAGGUUUCCUAUGAAACCAAAUCAGCUGAAGCACUUGAAAUGAUGGAUACUGCUCAAAAGAAAUUUGAUGAGGCAGAAGAGAAGCUUCUUGCAGCAAAAUCUUUGGAAGCAGAGUGCACUCGUGCUCGUAAUGCUGCAUUGAGAAGUUUACAAGACAUGGAAGAACGUGAAGAUCAGCUUAGAAGAUACCGCCUUUCUAGUGAUCAUGAAUACGAGGCCAAAGAAAAGGAUAUUAGCUUACAAAGGAAAUCGUUGAAUGAUAUGAAGAAAAUGUUGCAUGAAAAGGAGCAGGUGCUACUGAAAGAACAAUCGCUUCUUAAUCAGAGGGAUGAAAAUAUCGUUGAGAGGUUAGCACGUGUAACUCAGUCGGAGAAAAAGUUAGAAGAGGACAAGGUGAUUCUCGAAGCUGAACGGAUGGCUCUAAUGGAAGAGAAAAACAAGCUGGAUCUUAAAAUGGAGGCAGUAGCAUCAAGGGAGGAAGCUAUAAUUCAGAAGGAAUCCUUGCUUGACAAACGGGAGAGUGAGCUGUUGAUUUUGCAAGAAACAAUUGCAAAUAAAGAACGGGUUGAGAUUGAAAGGCUGAAUCAUGAACAAGAAAUGGCCCUGGAGAGGAGAAAGCUUGAGUUUGAAACUGAGAUGGAGAAUAAGCGCUUGUCUUUUGAGGCAGAAACGGAGACGAAGAGGACAUUGCUGGAUCAAAGAGAAAGAGCUCUCAGUGAGCAAGAAUUGGCAUUUGCUCAAAGGGACCAAAAUGUUGACCUUCGGCUUGCUGAACUAGCAAGCAAGGAAGAGGCCAUAGCAAGGAGAACAGAUGAGUUGAAAGACGAGGAAGGAAAGCUCCUCUCUCAAAGAGAAGUGUCAUACAUUGAGCUGCAAAAAGAAAGAGAGGAAGUACAGAAGAUGAAAUUAUAUUUGGAGAAGGAAAAGGUUUUCUUUGAAGAGGAGAAACGGGAAGCAAUCCAAGCCCAGCAAAAUCUUGCAAUAACCCAAGCAGAUAGAGAUGAUUUGCUUACUUUGCAGAUCAAACUUAAAGAAGAAAUUGACAAUCUUAGAGCCCAAAGAACGGAGCUCGUGGCUGAUGCUGAUAGGCUGCAAGCAGAAAAAGAAAGGUUCGAGAUUGAAUGGGAGCUGUUUGAUGAAAAGAAAGAGGAACUACAAAAGGAAGCUGCCAGAAUUACUGAAGAGAGAAGAGUAAUGACAGAGUAUCUCAAUAAUCAGUCAGACAUCAUCAAACAAGAGAAGGAAAAUUUGCGUGCUGAGUUCAAGAAGAACUCAGAAACCCUAACCUGUGAACAUGAAGAGUUUAUGAGUAAGAUGCAGCAAGAACAUGCAAGUUGGCUGAGUAAGAUUCAACAUGAGAGGGAAGAUCUUACAAGAGACAUUGAUAACCAGAGAAUGGAAUUACUGAACUUGGCCAAGGCAAGGCAGAUGGAAAUCGAUGCUGAUUUAAGGGAAAGAGAAAAGGAGUUUGAGCAGAAAAAAUCCAUGGAGCUUGAGCACAUAAAUUCUCAAAAGGUGAUGAUCAUGUCAAAACUAGAUCAUGUUGCGCUUGAAUUGCAGAAACUUGAGGAUGAGAGGAAAGAGGCUAAUUUGGAGCGUGAAAAGAGAGAGCAAGAGCUGUCUGAGAUAAAGAACACCAUUGAAGCCCUUAAUAAUCAACGAGAGAAGCUGCAAGAGCAAAGAAAGCUCCUACAUUCAGACCGAGAAUCAAUAACAGAACAAAUUCAGCAACUUGAUGUGUUGAAAGAACUGAAAAGCGAUUCUGAGAACAAGCAACUGUCUUUGAUAGAGUCUGAAAAGUCAAAGAUGAAUUAUACUGUCCUCCUUCCUUGUGGCGAAGUUCAUAAUUCAACUCCUAAGAAUUGUUCUCCACCAAAGCUUCUUGAAAGGAAACUAGAAGUGUCACCUUCAGUCUCAACACCAGUAUCUUGGGUUCGAAAAUGCGCUCAGGUGAUAUUCAAACGCUCUCCUGAGAAGAGUUCUGGUCAUGAUAAUGGUAGACUUAUUCAGAAUGGUGUACCAAAAAACCGUCGGAAAACUGCUGACAUCAAUGGAUCACUUGCUGAUGAGCUAGGUGACCAAGCUGGAGAAAUACCUCAAGUUGUUGAUGGUGCAAAAGUUAGUAAGAAAAGGAAUUAUUCGUUCUCAUAUGAUCCAAGUGAAGUUUUUGUAGAGCCAAGGCGGAAGUACCAAAGGAGCACUAUUCAGACAGUAAUUGGAGGGGAAGUUACUUUGAACAACUGCCCAUCAGUUCUAGAGGAGAAGUGCUCCAAAAAUGAACAUGAUGCCGCCCCACUUGGUGUAUUAUCUGGCAUCAGCAAGGAUGGCAAUAAAGGGCCACAGAACCUGAGAAUACCAGUAGACUCAGCUUCAUCUGAUGAUCUGGCCUUUGCAAAUGGGAAAGCGGAUAAUUCAGAUUUUGCUGAUGAGGAUGAACCUUCAGAAGAGAUCACAGUGUCCGCAACCGAACCAACCACUGGAGCACUUGAAGGCAGGGAUGAGCAUGAUGAAGAUACUGAUGACGAAGAUGAAGAGGAAGAGGAAGAAGAGAAAAGUUCGUCAGCGAAGAAAUUGUGGCGUUUUCUCAUCACAUGAGUAGCAGCUUCCCCGGUAGUAUAGACAUGCAGAGCUGACUGUAGGCUGACAGUUACCUGGCUCUUAUGAAGUUGCUUUGCUCUUAGCUCCAUUUGUGUGUCCGCCUUUCGGGUUGAAAGGUUGGGUGCUUGUUGGUUUUGUGUGCCUGUGAGCAGCGGAGGUUUUGGAAGCCGCUGUGAUGAAUCACGCCAUGCAUGUGUUCUUUAUUUUCACAUCCUGAAGGCUUCAACGUGUAAAGUGGUUGAUAGCUUGUGGUUUGUGUGCAAAUUGAUUGGGGGUGUAGGAACAGCCCAUAUGAUGAGUAUUAGUGCCGUUAUGGGUGGUGAUAGUCGCCUGUUCAGUGCUCGUUUCAGUAGGUGAUUUUUAUUCUCUUGAUGUGAGGACUCGUAUGGUUGUCUUGCAAGAAAUUUGUGGCUCGUC